GUGUGAAGGUGUGUGUGUGUGUCUGAGAGAGAGAGAGAGAGAGAGAGAGAGAGACGACGGAGUAGAAGAAGAAGUGUGUUUCUGGAGUCGGAAAUGGCUUCGGACGAGGUUGAGAUAGAGAAGAGUGAUAAGGAAUUGAAGAACCUAGGUUUUGUGAGCAUGUUCGCGAUGAACUCUCUGGUGGUCGCUUCAUCUCUGUACGAAAAUGCAAAGCAAAGCAGUGGUCCCUUAAAAUCAGUCAUAGGAACUGCAGAGAAUGCUGUAACCACUACCGUUGGACCUGUUUAUGAAAAUUUCAAGGACGUACCUGGUGAUCUCAUUGUUUUUCUUGAUCAAAAGGUGGAUGAAGCAACAACUAAGUUUGAAGAGAUUGCUCCGGCUUUGGUGAAGAAUGUUGUCAGCCAAGCUCAGACUAUGGUCCAGACGGCAUCACAGGUGGCCCAGAGCUUAGUUAAGGAGGCUCUAGCUGGUGGCCUAUACGCAGCCAUUUAUUUUGCUUGGACAUUAGCAAAGCAGUUCAUUUUCACCCAACUGGCAUGGGUGUGGUAUGAAGUCAAUCGUUGUCCCCUAUUACAUGUAGUUGCAGGGAUGGUUCUUCCCAUUGUUGCUCUCUUGGCCGAGACGUACAACAAAGUAGUUUCAUACAUGGCUGCAAAUGUUUGUAUUAUCUUCAGCUAUGUCCCGUUGGUUCCUGUCAGUGAGAUGGCCAAGGCAUAUGAACAGCAGGUUGAAGCAGCCGCAAGGAAGGAGGGUGGUGUCGCCAUCUCUGCUGAGAGUGAAGCAGAUAAGGAUUAGGAGCCUGUCCUUGUCUGAGUAAUGUUAGGGAUCCCAAAUUGCAUCUCAAAUGAGUGUAAACCAUUGGAUUAGUUGGUCCUGUUAAUUUUUUUCAAUGAAACCUACUGAUCAAACGAUAACAAAACCUAUUGAUCCAAUGGUCUGCUCUCAUUUAGGAUCUCUUAGCAUUAUUAGUUCUUGACUGUGGGUUAGGUAUGAAAGUGUUGGGCCUGCUUUAAGAAGCUUCCAGGAAGUGUGGGUUCGUGAGUUAUUAGUAUUGUGGAUGAGUAACUUUGUGUUUUCUUUUCCAGGAAUGUCAACAUUGUUAAGUAAUAUUAUCAGCCAGUGAAAAAACAAGUGAGGUGAAUCUCAUUUUUAUUUUAUUUUACAAGUAGUAGUUAUUAUUAUAUAUUAUAUAGAUGGGA